CGUCGCACGUCGCACAUGCGCAAAACAGCGUAGCCCCAAAUUAGAUUGUGCGUUCAUAAGUGUUGUCUGUUUAUUCUUGUUUGUUCAAGCAUUUUACAUAUCCAUUGUCAUUUGAUAAAGUAAUGACAUAAACAAGUAAAAAUGGCAGAAGCGUCAUUUUUUAAACCGCCGGAUACCGAAUCACUGAAUUACACUCAGGAAAUUCGACAGAUGAUGCAUGGGUUUGGUGACAGCAGUGAACCAUUGUUUGAAUCAGCAAAGAUCAUAGAAGAUGUUGUGCUGCAACAAAUGAAAACAAUUGUUAGAAAAGCUUGUGAAAUUGCAGAGAGACGAUCUGGUUCAAAGAAGAACAAUACUAUCAAUGGAGAGGACCUUCUCUUUUUAUUACGUAAAGACAAAGUUAAGCUUCAACGCCUUGUGAAAUAUCUUGGAAUCAAAGAAUUAGGAUGCUCGGUUCAGAAACUUAUGGCGAAUGAUACGCCGCAAAAUAUUAUAGAUUCUGAACAAGUGGAUAAUACUACAAAAAAAGUGCCGUUUCAAAGUUUUUUGGAACAGAUUGACAAUACGGGUGAACUUCUAGAAAAUUCAGCCUCCAUGGAUGACGUUAAACGGCGCAGAUGCAUUCGCGCAGAUAUUGCAUCAAAAUCCAUGGAUGAAACGCAUUACAUGAAAUUCAGCAAGGCGCGUCGUGUAUCUUUUGCAAACAAAAAUCGCCACAAAUUCAGCGAUUGGAUUUGCUCAGAUGGCGAUGUUACUAUGUCGAAGCAAGCAUACACAAUCUUAUCUUACCUUGCAUACGAAACGGUUGCUCAAAUUGUUGAUCUCGCCUUCUUAGUCCGACAAGAUCAGGGUAAAAUGCACGGCGAUGCCAUAGAUCGGCAACGACUCAAUUAUGUCAAUCCAUUCACAUUCAAACGUUAUCAUAACAAGAAUUUCGUAAUGAAAGCUUUGACUCCUUCAGAAAUAACUGAAGCCCUUAGGAGGUAUUGGUCUCCACAGCUAGACAUGACAGGUCCAUUUAAUAGAUGGUCUAUGAGAAGACCACAUUUGAAACUCCUUUCAUGUUAAAUGCAAAAGUCUAAAGAGCCGGUCACAACAUUACCGCGUAAUAUAAAAACACAGAGGAUCUUGUUAAUAUUUGACGCUUGAAACGACCGUUCGAAAUGAGUCGUAAUCGCCAUUGAGCUUGCUGCUAUGAUUUAUAUUCACGGAAACAGUCACCGGAAGACGUAAGCAAACGCUUGCCAGCGAGAUACCUGCGUGGACGUGUUCCCCAGAGAAUCGAGACGAAAAUCGGACCAGAGAAAAUGACUCAUCGCGAUUUACGACGAUCGAUGUCAUUUUGCGAAGGGGAGGAAAUGAUGAAGAUUUAUUCUUAGAAAUAAAUGACUCACUCAACUCAAAGCAACAUAUACUUUAAUAUCCUCUCGACUGUAAAUGACGUUAAUUGAAGUUUUUUUAAUGGAAGAACAAUGUCGAGAUAAUGUAGGCAAUUUGUUCGCCACGGCUAUCGUACACCUACCAUAGAACGGUAGAAGUAAAACAUCAGAAAUGAUUGAUAUGAAUCUCUUCAUUAAAACGCGAUCUCAAAAAAAUUAUUGCAUUAAACAGAUGCAGUGAACAGAUGCAGCCGAUUGAAAGAAAGAAUACUGGAUUCAGCGAAUACUAGAUUCAUGCAUUUCGCAUUGGACUUUGCGUAUACCUCGGUGCACAUUUCUAUUAAAAUUCUCGGUAGCUCCACAUAAAGGCGGAUGUUCGCCAAAUACCCUGCUUUAAUCUCUGAUCGAAGACUGGAGUAAAUUUUUCACAGUACACCGUGAUUAUCUUUAGAGAAAUUCUAAUUUAAAAAAAAAAGGUGUUAAUUUUUUAUCUGUUUCUUCAUAUGUACAUUUCAAAGUUAAUAUGAAUUAAAAUCUGCAUAUAUUCUCAAGCUUUACGCGAUGGAAAUACAUUUUUCAUUAUAUUAUAUAUUUUUUAUCCUUUUUAUUUACUUUACUUAUCCAUUUUGUAUUCCACUUUUCUUUUUAAUUUUAUUUUUUGUUUUAUAAGUAUUUAGUGCUUUCUAAUAAGUCACCACAGAAAUGCGAGUACAUUUUUUAUCGGUUUAUAAAAUCCUCUUAAACACACAUUAGGUUUCUCUCCACUAGCCCUUCCAGCUUUUAUUUCCGACACCUGCGAGAGAAAAUAAAUCACGAGAAAGAAAAUUUCGUUCUACUGGAAAAAUCGUUCGAACGUAACGGGGCUUCAAAUUUACGGAAUAUUGCUCGACGAGUAAACGUUGACUUUACCAUUGCAUUCGCGCAAAUGUACAGAACGCUCUAAAAACGCAUGUACACUUUAAAUGUAAACGUCAUCGACUCCGUUACGUAGUGUUUAUAUACGUCCUUAUAGAAUUUACUUAGCUACGCGUGAUGACCUUGCUAACUUAUCUAAAUUAUUAUAAAUUAUUAUAUUACUUAUGUAUACUUUGUUAGCUUAUCUAAAUUAAGCGAUACUCACUUCAGAUAUGCUCCUUCUCAUGGAAUAUAUUUACACUAUAUGAAACGUCCCAUAAAACUUCAAAUACCACUUUAAAAAUGCAAUAAAAUACCCUACGAAAUUUCUAGUAGUAGAGAUAGAUAUUUAUAGUCAGUACUGUUAUAUGGACGACAUACUACAAAAUUAUUUUAUUUUGUUGCAAAAGAUGAAACGUGAUUAUAAUAUAUAAGACUGAAUAAGAAUGAGUAACAAAUGAAUAAAUAAAAAUAGAAUCUUUUUCUCUCUGUAUGUCGUUUGAAAAAUAUUGUGGGAACUUUUUGUUUGAUACAUGUUUCUGUGUACUCAUAUUUGACAUCGAAGAUUUGAACGAGACACGAGAAUGAACGCACAUAAAAGAAUAUUCAGAACACACAUAAAGGUCCCAUACACGAUUAUACUGGCAGCAAACAUGAAAAAUAUCGGGAUGUGUGCAUAUCUUUGCUUUAUUGGCAGUAGAAAUGCGAAAUUACAGUCGGACAGUUACAAACAUGCGCUUUUAUUUUUAAAAAAGGAACAAAAUCCCAUCGUUUUUAUUUUAUUGUUUCUCCUUAUUAUCAUUUUGUACUAAGUUUUAACGCACGUUUAUGAUAAUAAUAUUAUUAUUAAUAAUCAUAUGUUACAUGUGUGUGUGUGUGUGUGUGUGUGUAAUCUAGAACUUUUAUAUAGAAGAUAAGAAGAAUCUUAAUAUCAAAUUUCUUCGUGAGUUUAUUAAUCCCCACUCCUUCAAAUUACAAAAAAAA